AUGCAUAAAUAUUUGUUUUUAACAGUUUUCAAGCUUUUUUUCACGUCUACACCUGAUGCGAUUUCUGAUAGUAAACAUAUAUACAUAUAUCUCGAGGGAAGCAAAAAGUUGUUAGAUGAUAGUUUUUUCAUCAGAGGAAAGGAAGAUGGUUUGAGUAAAAAAGGUAGCAAUAUUGUUCCCUUAUUUUUUUAUAUGUUAACUUUGGACGACAAGACUUGUCUGAAAAUGAUCAAAUCAGUUCCAAGUGCGAUUGUAUUUCAAAAGAACAGAGACUGGAAACGGAAACAUGUAAAUUACGAAGCGAAGAAGAUAGGACUUUUGAAUACUCCAACAAGUGCUAAUGAUUUUACCAUACGAAUGAUAAGAUCUCAAGAUCUAGUCUGCAAUUGCGCUUUCUGCUCUGCGCUGCACGUUAUUACACCCGCGGUAAGUAUUCACAAGAUUUGUCGACAAACCUACUUUACUAUCACUAUAACUCAUACAUGCACACAGACACAUACACACACCGUGCAGACAUAUACACACAUACCUGCUUAUAGCACAGACAUGUCACAAGUGUUAUCUGAUUCUAUUAUGGAUAGAUUAAAUUGGACGAUAUUUAUAGUGAACAAUCACUUUGCUGUAUUGUGA